UGGAAAAGUAGCCAUUAGACGAUGAAAAAGCAAGAAGAGGACAAAACUGUCCGAUGAAAGAGGACCACUGGAACAAAGUUCACUUUCACACCGAAGCACUCAACAAAUAACCAUGCGUUCCGGUGUAGACGGGCGCCCUGUGCGUCCUUCGGAUCAGAAGCGACGGGGAGAGCGACCUCCGGGUCCAGCCAGUGGAGGUUCUGAACCUGACCGGCACAGCAGAAGUGGUGGCGGUGGGUCUCAGCUACAGCCGCCAGGUGGUAGUAGAGGGACUCGAUCACGUGGAGGCGGUGGGGGCUCUCCAAAUCAAGCGGGUGGAGCUGUACCGAGUGGAGCGGCAGGAGUUGCACAUUAUGAUGAGAAUCUGAAUCUGAAUUAUAGCAGUAGGCUCCUGUGCUGGUUACAUGCUGUUGUUCAUCACUCCCGAAGAUAUAAAUAUAAUGCGUGCGCUUCAUUAUGAGCUACUACUAAGAUACAGCAUCGAUCUUCUGGAUCUGCACACAGCACCCCCUCGAACUCCACCCAUGAUCCAAAGAUCCUCCUCUUCAUCUAACCGCGCCCAGCACCGCAGCAGCCGCCAGCCCCCCAAGUGGAGGAAAAGUUGUCUCCAGUGAGAGGAAUGAUGAAUUCAUACGACGCUGGCGACGACGUGGAAGAAGUUGACUAUGACGAAGACUUUGAGGAAGCCAGCGACGACGACGACUACGUUCCACAACCAAUGCCUGAGGUGAAGGCACGACCGCCAAGUGGAAGCGUUAUUAGGCCGCUGAGUGCGAGUGGUACUACUCAUUCAUUGUUCAUCUGUGAUGUUUGCAUUUGUUUGGAAACGAAAUUAUUGUCAACGAUCGCUCCAUUAUUUUUACUCCAUAGAAAUACUGACUUUGAAAAGUCCUAGGCAAUAAAUCUCAUUAUUGUCAACGCUCGCUCCUGGUCCUGUUAUGUAUUCAUCUUACAUUUACCUCAGCAAAAACCCUGAUUCGUCCUACCUCUGGCUUCACUGGAGUUCCGCCAGCUGGCGAUCUGAACGCAAUCAAGCAGGCUAUGGAACAAGAGAGGCAGAUGGCUGCUCCUAUGGUGUCGAAACUACAGCAAGAGCAAUAUCGUCAACAACAGGAGGAAGCCCUGAGACGGCAGCAGGAAGAGGAGCAACAAAGAAGAGAACUUCUGAGGCAGCAAGAAGAGGAAAGGGCUGAAAUCGAACGUGUGAAACGACAACAACGCGCUGCUGCAGCUGCGGCUCAACAAGCGGCGGCGGCCUCUGGUGGGAAAGGAGCCGCUGGAAGUACAACUGCGAACAAAGGUGGAGUGGUUUCCGGAGGUCGUGUAGGAGCAAUACACGGAGGACAACCAGCUCAAGAGGAAUUUGGUACUACAAGUAACUUCACCGCAGGCGGUGCACCAGGCGCAGCGUUUGCGGACAAUCAUUAUCAUGUCCGUGAGAAAGAUUUCAGUCCAAAAUCCAAUCCGCGGAGUGUUGUUCUCACAGCAACACAGUACACCAGCAGCGCGCAGGAACUCUCCAGGCAGGAAAAAGCGGGUCGUGCAGAGCGCUGUCGGGAACUUCGUGCCCUGAUUGGACGCAAGUUGCAAGUGGAGAAAGGCGAUAUCUUCUCACAGCGUCCUCAACGAAGACUCGAGCUGUUUUUGAACGCAAGAGGCCCUUAUGCUGCUCGUGUCACAAGGGGGAUGCAAACAGGUGAAGAGUUGCUAGAAGAGGGAUGCCAAACGGAGAAGGAGCGAGGCGAAGAAAAAGAAACUCAGUGUCCUACUUUAGGUGGGAGGUCAGAAAUGAGUACGUCGUCUUCAAGCGGUAGUUCAGGUAGUGCAUCGACGAGCACAGGAGGCACGGCCGCCGGGUCUGGUGCGGCAACGGAUGGUGCUGACGAAGGCGAGACUCUGUUGGAUGCUGGAAGUACUACUUGCCUUAUAUUUUUCUCUUCCACAGAACAGGAACAGCGAUCUUCUUCCGUGUAACUUUCUCUUCGGAGUUCUAUUCGCCGUAUCCACCACUCUCAUCAUCUCUCUCAACAUCUUCUCCCUCUACUCUGACAAACAGGUGCCGCCCAGCUUCUUCCUUUCCUCCGACGAGUCCUCCCUUUGUUUGAGGCUUCUCUCAAAAGUCGCACCAGUUCAGCUAGCUCUUCUUCUUCCAAAAAGCGCAAAGACACACAGAUCUGCGACAGCGCUUCUGACGCAGGCGUUUUGAAUCAAAUUGGCUUUGAGCACUGGACUCCAACCGUUAUCCAGAGUAUCACUGGCUAUCUAGGAAGUCCACACGUCCUUGCCGCAUUUGAUCUAGCUCCGGAGACAUCGGUCUACAGUUCCUGUGUGGUGGUUUAUGCAGCAGAUGCGCUGGCUGGUGGCAGUGGUGGGAAGUUUAACGAAAACAUCGGGGUAUCUUCAAGUGGCGGUCCCGUGCGUGCCCAUCGAGUUUUCUACAGUUUCGAAAAGAUCACGUGCAUGAGCUACUUCUCAGCUUGUAGCGUGAUAGUCUGCGGCACCGCAGCUGGCAGUUUACUACUCUUUGACAUGCGGAAGGUGGUUUCUGCAACAUCUUCUUCCACAUCUUCGCAACUAGCUGGAACCUUUUUGAAGAGUUCUCCUGGUGUCAUUGAAGAGCCGCCGACUUACUCUACCGACAUUUUUGCACUCCAUAGUAUGGGCGAUUUGGACGGAGGUUUCGGUGGAAGUCAUGAUGUGGAUAUGCUUGGCACUACGACCGCCAGCACCACCACAGCUAUGCAAGACCACGAUGACGCAACUCUCGUCUCCGCUACGGCUUUGCAGCCUCCUUUUCUGGGUGAGAUAGUUUCCGUUGCUACGAGUAAGGAACUGCUUUUCGUAUUAGACGUUGCAGGUUCAAUCUCGAGUUGGCGAUUGCUGGACCAAGAUCCGAAAUUAGUCUACAUUGGCCCGACCGUGAUGGACAAAAGCGGACCACUAGCUGCCAGAGUAGUGGCAGUUCCGCGAGAAAUAUCGCCUCAAAGUGCCAGUUACGUUGUCCUCAGCCUUGGCGGCGGGCCACCGACGUGUAAUGGCAAUCACGAUGUGCUAGCUUCAGCAUUCGAGCCACCUGUCAGCGACACGGCAGGAAGCCCACAUUCUGCAGUCUUUCAUCCGGUUUUUGCAUCACUCUUGCUCAUCGGGUACUUAGGAGGCGACGUCGCAUUGUAUGAUACGACACUUGCAGUGCCGCUAUUGCACUUCAAACACGACUUUGGUUCACAUUCAGUAGCAGGACGUCCAUCGAAAGGUGCUAAAGCAUCAAUGAGAGGCAUCGCAUGGAGCCCUGUGAGACCGACGGUGUUUUUUGUGCUGACGGGUGCGCAUAUGCAGAUCUGGGAUCUCGCGGUUUCGACGACAUCUUUCGCGGAAAAUGUCGCAGUACUACUUUAUUUAAUGAAGUAGUCCUCUCACUCUUUUGAUGCGUUUUUUCCUUCGUCCAUCAAAUCGAAAUACUUGAGCCACACCAGUUGCUUCUCUCACUUUUUUCUACCUCGUAGAAAGAUGUCAAAAUCAAUAUUCACAUUCAAUCCGCAUCAAACAGCUUCCCCCCAACCUCCUACCCUCUGGUUUCGGUUUUACCGUACUUGCCGAGUCCGGGCGACCUCUCUACAUGUCGAAGGCAGGAUGCCUAGUGCUCAUGCAAGUGCCAGAAAAGUAUACGACUCCACUCAAGGCUUAUCCGACUACGCAACCGCACUUGCAGAACAACAAGAUGUUCGAUAGCCGCAACAACCUCUUCGAUACGCGGAACAAGGACAGCCUCGCGUACAUGCGCAAAGUGUUGGAGAACAAAAACACAAAACUAGAGAUCGACAUCUUGCAUAAGGUGUUGUUGAUGGCUUGAAGUCUUCCGCAGGCGAGCCGACGUUUCGUCAUUGCUUUCAUCGUUUGGACAAGUUCACUUCCACUGAGAAGUCUGACAAUUGAAGCAAGUAGAUUCACAAUGAACGCGUUUUCCUUUUCAUCUCCUUUUCUUUUCCACUGAUUUUCCUCAAUAUCGGAUAUCUACUAGAUGCAUGCUC